CGGCGCGGUCUGCGAGUGGUCGAGUGUCGCUAGUUUCGCUAAUCUCCCUGCGCGAUGUUUCUCACAGCCACAGUUUUAGCUGUGGUGGGUCUGUGCUUGCCAGCCUGGGCGGUGAACCCUUUACAGGGCGUCGAGUCCGCCGAGGGGUCUCACCGCCGCCUCUGCCCACCCAUGGACAACGUACCCCAGCCGCCCGAGAGAGUCAACACCACUCACCUCCUGCAACGGUUACGAGCCGAGAUGCGCCGGAACAAUGUCGUGCAUGGACCCCCUAUUGACGCCUACAUCGUCACAACUGAUGAUGCACAUCAGAGCGAGUUCGUAGCAGAGCACGACGAGAGAUUGAAGUACAUCUCGGGGUUCAGUGGCAGCUACGGGGUUGCCGUGAUCACUGAGACCAAGGCCGCUCUCUGGACUGAUGGACGCUACUUGCUGCAGGCUGACAACGAGCUUGGGUGUGACUGGCUGCUCAUGGGACGAGGAGAUGUCCAGCUUGAAGAACAAUACAAGCACGUCCUUGACCACUCUAUUGAGUCGGACACUCGUCUCAUGCAGUAUACCAACCAGGUGUUCGUGGCGGCCACAUCGUUGGUUGAGUCGCCCGUGCGCGCUUCCGUGGCUGACUGCGCCGUGCAGUGCGACCCACCACUUUGCGCUUCCGUGGCGGACUGCGCUAUGCAGUGUGACCUGCCUACUGACUGCGGAGAUCAGCGUUGUGCGGAUACUAGGGACCUCGUGGCUGGCCUCAAGACUACAAUUGAGGUUCUGGAGGCGAGCUGA